GCAAACCUUUCUCCUAUGUGCGCACGUGUGCGCUUGACAUUUUGACAACGUUGUAAACUCAUCAUAAGCCACUCGUACUGUUUUGGACAUUUUGGUUAAUACGUUCUUUCACAAUUUUCUAAAAAUUCAUUGGAAUUUUUCAAAAAUGAGUGACGAUGAUCGAGACAUCGAUAUCGAGAGCGAUGAAGGCGACGAUUCGGAUUCAAGGCAAAGACACUCUAAUAAUCAACAGUACUUCUCUCAGGCUGAAAAAAGGGCCCAUCAUAAUGCCCUUGAAAGGAAGCGUAGAGAUCACAUUAAAGAUAGUUUUUCAAGUUUACGAGAUUCUGUACCAUCGUUACAAGGUGAAAAAGUUGCCAGCAGAGCUCAAAUCCUUAAAAAAGCAGCAGAGUAUAUUCAAUUUAUGCGACGUAAGAAUACCUCUCAUCAACAAGAUAUUGAUGAUUUAAAACGACAGAAUAACCUUCUGGAAUCUCAAAUACGCACUUUAGAAAGAGCCAAACACACAGGAAACUUUACAGCUGAAACUUGCGAUGUUUCCAAAUCUGACUCAAUUGGAAUAGAAAAUUUCAAUGAAUGCGAUAUGGAUGCAUCUGACAGUGAAACUAGAGCUGUGCGCAAUGCAAAAAAGUUGAAGGUAGCAGGAUUGCAUCAUUGAUUCGAAAAGCAAUUUUUUUCAAAUCUAAUCUGGUCUAUUGGAUUCAAACAGAUAUUUUGAUAAUUUGAUCAACUUGUUAUAAGUAAUAUUAAUAUGGAUAUAUCAUUCAAAUAUGUAUAAGGUAGGCAAUUAUUUAGAUGAAAAAAAAUGUUAGAUUCAAUAAUUGAUGUAAAACGACAAGUGAAUUAGUCUAAUUUGUUUUUUUAAACAGUUAAGUGUUAAAUAUUAAUUUUGUAUGAUUUCUUAACAACUUACAAAGAAUGGUUCUAGGAGUAGGCCUGAGACGUGCAAUCGUCAAUAAUCGGUUUUUCUCCAAGAGAGAGAGAUAUAUAUAUAUAUAUUUAGUACCUGUCUAUUCUUACGUCAAAAAAAAGUAUAUGCUGUAAUGACUUUUUGUUUAUAAAAAAGAUUUUUGUAAUCAAUUUUCUUUUAGAAAAAUGUUUUUUGAAGUUUAAAGUACAAGAAACAUUGUCAUUAUAAAAAAAGAUAUUUUACAAACUUUGAAAUUGUAUUUAUUAUAAAAUACAACUUCCACUAAAACAUUUUUCUACAUUCUACAUAGACACAAUAGCAUUCAUAAAUUUUUGAGCAUAUUAAAAUUUUUUUAAAGUUUCUUGUUAAAUGUUACUAUCUCCAUGUAAAUUUCAGUAACUCUUUCCAUUGUUUACUAGGUAACCAAUGAGUUUAUUCAUUUGGAAGCUGAAAAAUAAUGAGUACAUAAAGUAUGUAGAUAAUAAAUUUAACAUUUGUUCUCAAAGUUUGUUUUUUUUUGCAAGUUGUUUGAAAUGGAAAUUUAUUAUUCUUAUAUAUGUCUGUGUAUAUCUUUGUGUAUAUAAACAAAGAUAAUAAACAUAUGAAACCAUUUUAUGUAAAAUUACGCGACAAUUAAUCUAGUAAAAUACAGAUUUUUUAAUGAAAAAUCGAAUUUAAACAUAAAAACUAAAAAAGAAUAAAGCACUUAUAAAUGUCAAAUUUCUGAUGAAUUCUUCUUCCAUUUUGCCUGAUACAAUACUUAUUUUCAUUUUAAUAAACGUACAAAUAAUCAUGCUGGAAUUAAAUUAUAAAAUGAGUUUAUUCUUUAAGUUUGUUUGCGCGUUAUAAGAACUAAAAUUAUAAAAGCACAUAUUGGGAUGUUUACGCACAUAAUAGACUUUCAUACAGCUACAAAUAAUUAACAAUAAUUGCGUGAUUAAAAAAAUAUUUGAAAUCAAUGUGGCAUCCGAUAGUAAGCAAACAGAAAUAUACGUGACACCUAACAUAUUUCUCUUACGGAGGCACUUUCUCGGCAUUUGCAAGCAUUACAAAUUUUUCAUUCCAUUUAAGCUUGAAAAGUGUUUCAUCGAUAUUUUAUCAAAGCUGCACGAUCACAGGACAGAAAUUUCUAAAAACUAAAUCCUGAUAAAAUAAUGAGUAAUUGAAAUUCAUAAUGUCUAUCCUGUCUCAUUUAUCUUUCCGUACAGUACAUUGCUAUCUCAAAAUGUGAACUCUUACUCAAAAUAUAAAUUCAAUCACAAUAUCUAAAACGAUAAUCAUAUAAACUGUAUCCGUGACUCAAGUUUGCCAUAUCUAUAGUUCUAUAUCUAUCGUAUCUUCCCUCGCUCGUUCUUAAUAGUUUAUUAAAGUUAUGGUAUAAUUACUUUUACAUGGGUCUUUUAUACUUUUCUGUUUACACAAUUUUAGAACAACAAAAACUUGAACAUUUUCAUUGAGUAAAAAAUUAAUCUGAAGUAUAGGUUCUUCGACAAUUGGCCUUAAUUGUGCCACAUUCCAUAAAUUAGCGCUACUUCUAAUACGCGCUGUUAAACAAUGAUCGCAUUCUGUACACUGUGUAGGCUUCAAAUUUUCCAAAAGAUAAUAAAACGGUAAAAUGGUUCAGCUGUUUAGGAAACGUACAGACUGCAUGGAAACGUUUGAAAAUGGCGAAAAGACGUAUAUACCACUGCAACCUCAACGUUAACACGUUUCUGAUAACUAUUAUCAGAUAAUAUGCGCACAAAGUAUGUCGCAUACCAAGUGUUAAUGCUUUCAUUCUUCUUAGUACUAUAAGUUAGACUUGUAAUAUCACUAUCUUGUGAUUUUCACGAAUAUUUAUUGUGCGAUAGUGAAUCGUCAAACCUGAAAUAAUGCUGACGCUAUUUUUGAUCAGUGCGUAAUUCAAGUAAAUGUCUCCACAAGUUCGGCGAUCAACGUUCUCGCCGUUAAUCAUAUUCGUUGGGAUAACGUAAAAUCUUUAUUUUACGACUGCUUCUUCGUGUUUACAUCUUGUUUAAAUCCGUCAUUAUUCGACAAUAAUUAAGUGAUUUGGCACAUAUUUAUCUUGGCACGAGUGCAAGUAAAAAUUAAAAGGAAAUGCAACAGCUUACUGCGAGAACUACUCGACGUAUGAUUUAUUUACGACAAACUAAAAUAUUAUAUGCAGUCAAGUGUCGAGUUAUUCUUAAUUUUUUUACUUUGGACAAUUUUUUAUUAUAUUUUUGAUAAUUUUGAUUGGUUCUUUCAAUUUUAAGAACAUCACAAUGCUAAUAAAGUUUAAAAAAAUCUUGAGGUCUUCAGGAAGGACGUCACAAUAUGUAAUUCUUAUUGGGUUGGGUCUCGUUAAUUAACGUCGCGUCAUUGUUCAAGUAAAAGAGGUGUGUAAGGUAAAUUGUUAAUGACGCAUUAUACAUAUAUCAAUAACUGAUGUAUUUAUUAUGAAAGAGUGAAUUAUUAAAUAAUUCUACUUGAAACAAAUAAUUUCGUAUAUGAUUCGGCAUUGGCAUGUUAGCUCAUCGACGCUUCACCGGUAUACUAACUGAUUCUUUAGUCCGACGUCACAAGUAUUGUGCGGUCUUAUUGCUUGACCGGAUGUUUGGCUACAACCCAUACUCGUCGCCACCUGUUUACAGCAGUCAUAGAUCAUCGCUUAGGGAUUUAUUACCAGCUUUCGUUUAAUCGUUAGUCGCAUAACGUAAUAUUAAUUCUAAACACUGCUAUGAUUCACUUCUUUCAAAAUAGUGCUUUCGCACGUCCUCAGGUGUAUUGUACAAACAAUAAUACGAAGUGGAUUGCACGUAUAGCGUGUGUAUAGACACUUAACUUGUGUGGGGGAAAAUCGCACAAUGAACGUUUGCUCGUAAAACUAGCUGAUUAUCUUUGUGUGAAAUGCACUGAUAUGCCUAUGAAAAUUUCAAAGGAAAAGAAAAACUAGCUGUAGUACGUCACGGAAUUUCGGUUAUUGCAACAAUUCUAUUUCAACAUGUUUUUUACAAAAACUUUUUUUAACCAUUUCUGUUUGUUUAAAAAGAAAACUGGCGACUUUCCACAUAUUUAAACGGUACCUCACAUGUUUGCAAAGCGCAUUGGAUUAAUGAAACUUUCAUUUAUGGUUUCAAGAUAAGAUUACAACACGUGUAGUAUGUACGUUUAAAGCACAUGAGAGCAUUUCAAAUUACAGUUUUUUUCUGCCCAAACAUUAUAAACACACAUUACUGACACGCAGCACUUAUUUAUAUAAGAAAUAAUCAAUAGGUUCCUGAUAUACAUUUGAAUUUGGUAUAAAAUUACAACAAAGCCGUAAUCUAAACGACUAUUCAACUAAAUUAUUUUUGCAAAGAAAUGACGAUUGCGCAAUAACUCUAAUGCAUGCGACUUUUAUGAACAGUGAGUUGGGCAUGAAAAAGAAGAAAGAAAAAAAACUGUGAUAUAUUAUAUAGUUGCCUUUUCAGCUGAUGGCGAAAUUUUGGAGUAGCGCUUUCGCACUCGCAAGUAAUUCGACGUUAAUAGUGACCGCAGUAGAGAUUAGUUGAGAGAUU